AGCCUCGUUGCUGACGUCAUGUUGUGACGUCCUAUAUUUUCAUGGCACCGUUCCUGUCAGCUCACGUAAACAGACUGCGCUCCCGUUAAACCGAGCCGCUGCAGUGCCGUUUGGACGUUUCUAAUUAAACGUCGUCACAGUGUUAUCAGCUAACUGGCUAACAGCUAGCAGUGAGCGCGAGCCGUGGUAUUUUGUGAACCACGUUAUUCCACGCGAGGAAGCUCGUGGUGGAUGUUUUGUGACGUCAGCGUGUCUUCUGAGAGAAAGUGACGUUCAUUUAACGACAGUUUCUGUCGACCUGCGUCUGGACCGGAGAGAUGAACACGCCGCUCGGGAGGAACGGGUUGAUCGGGCUGGCUGUGGGAGCCACGGCCGGCCUGGGACUGAUCGCGUUCAUCAUUUACAAAGAGAUAUGCAGGAGGAAGUCCCACACGAUGGUGCUCGAGGCCCGGCCAGCUCCCCGAACAGCUCCCCGAACAGCUCCCCGGCUCUUUGACGCGGCGGAUGGGGCAGCUCUGCUGCGGGGGACGCUGGAUGAACAGGAGUUGGAGGCUCAGCAGCAGGCUCUGGCGGCGGUGGAGGCAGCAGUGCAGGGUCUGUCCCCGGAGCAGCAGCUGGAGCUCAGGAACCAGCUGGACCAGGUGCUAAACUGCGUGGCCUCGCUGCGCUCUGAGGUGGCCGAGCUGAGGGGCGGCCUGCAAGACAUCGCCCUGCAGAUCAUCCAGGAUGUCAAAAAGGGAGUGGAGGACAGUCAGCGGGUACGCCGUCGGCGCCAUUUCGUACACAGGGAGCGCACUGACUCCAACAGCUCCAGCUCCAUCUACUUCACAGCCAGCCAGGGUGUGGCCAGCACGUGUGACGAGACCAGCGAAGGAGGGUACUCGACAGCCUACGCCGAGUCAGACUACACGGAUCGUGACACGGACCGGGAGGAGGGUGGGCGGGAGCCUGAGCAGGAGUCGGAGGAAGAGGAGGACAGGAGCUGUGCCACCGUCCUCACCCUCCGCCAGGAAGACUCCCAGGACGAAGAGGUGGAGGAGAGGGGGAUAGAAGAAGAAGAGGAGGAGGAUGAUGAAAGGAGGCUGCAGCUGGUGACUGACGUUCCCAGUGGGGAACUGGCUCUCCUCCUGGCUCAGAGUGACAUCCUCCACACAGGAGACGCCAGUUUAAAGGCAGAGGGCUUCCGCCUGCUGCUGGACAACAGAGCUGAGAGUGAGAAUGAUUCAGCUGCACAGUUAUGCACUGUGGGUUGGGAGGAGGCAGAGGCGGCUCUGAGGAAGAACGGCCUGAAUGCAGAGUGUCACAAAUGGUUCGCUGUCCUGACAGGACUGAGCACACAGCAUGAGAGCAUGCACAGCAAACUGAAGAGCAGCCACAUCUUAAAGGAGCAUCUGGACCGGGCAGUCGCCCUCAGAGACAACGACCCCAUGUGUUUCUACCUGCUGGGCAGGUGGUGCUACGAGGUGGCCACUCUGGACUGGCUGGAGAAGAAGGCGGCUGCCGCCCUCUACCAGAGCCCCCCCACCUCCACACUGCAUGACGCCCUCGAGAACUUCCUCAAGGCCGAGGAACUCAGUCCAGGUUUCUCCAAGACCGUGAGGCUUUACAUCGCCCAGUGUCACAGAGAGCUGGGAAACAUCUCUGAGGCCACAAACUGGACUGAACUGGCUCUGAAGACGCCCACAAACUCUAACGAUGAUGAAGAAACGUCUAAGCUGGAGGCUCAGCUUCAAGUCUUAACCCACAGAAAAAUCUGAACCAGCAGACGGAGCCACAGCUGAUGGCACCGAUUGGCGAGUCAGGCCGUCAAUAAGUGGUCAUCCAAUCAGUUGUGCUCUACAAACAGACUCCUCUUCUUUCCCUUCAUUGGUGGAUAUCAUUGUCAAACUGUCACUGUGAAAUUCUAUUGAGUUUAUUAAUGUCUAAUUUAUUUUCUUUAAUAACUUUAAUUGAUAAUAUAUAUUGUAAUGGAUGUGGUAUAUUUAUUGUUUUUAACUCUUUGUUUGCUUUUUAAACUGAUUAAACACAUCAGCUCCAUUUAAGACAUUUCACCUGAACUACAAAACACACACACACACACAUACAGUACUUGCAUGGCAAGAAAACCUGUUUUGUAAUUUGGGUGUUUCAACCUUUUUUAGUUGGUUUUUGUAUGAGACACUGUGCAGUUACUCAGAGCAGUGAGGUCAAACAUGGGGACUAAUGACCAAAGCCUGCUUCUGCUUCUACUGUUGAAACGUGUGGAAAUGUUAACUGAUGAGGAAACAGCAGGAAUGUUUCACUGGUUCACUUUGCUCUUCAUCGUUCAGAUUCAUUAAUAGAUCAUGAUUCUUGUUUAUAUUGUAUGAUGAAUCACAUAUUGACCCCUCAGUAAGCAGUGAAGCAGCUGAACCUUCAAAUGAUCCUGAUAUUUUUUCCUUUGCGAUUUGCUGCCUUUGAACUGUGUGUGUGUGUGUGUACAUUCCUGUUAUUUUCUGAAGUGACAGUGAAGCUGCUGUAUGUUACUUUGACUUUAUUUUCUAUUCAUUUAUUGAAGUUCAUUUUGCUGUUGCUGCUGUUGACUGACACUGACAAUAAAAUUCUGCUUUUGUAA